UCAGGUCCAACAAGUAGGUCGAUAGACAACUGUCUAGGCUUAACAAUGAUUCCAUCUUUGUUGUUUCUUGGUUUCUUAGUGGGGUCCGCCAUCUCCGUUGACGUCUGCAAGGAUCUUGACAGCACGGGGUGCGCUCUUUUCGCUGCCAGUCCAGACUUCUGCACCACUAACAGUCUCGCUGACAGCUACUGUAAGAGGACAUGUAACAAGUGCCCCCUGACGUGCUAUCACUGCCCUGGACAGGCUGUAUCUGACCCCUCACACUGUAACACCACUGAGUAUUGCGCACAGGGAGAACUGUGUGUGGUCAGGACCCUGCAUGCUAAUGACGGCCACUAUGAGCACAUCAUGUCAUGCGAUGACUCAAAGUUUUGCAAUGGAUUCGGACAAGGCUUUGGUGCUAUUGUCGGGCGGAGGGUGGCCGAACGUGACGUCACACUCCACUGUUGCCACAACGACUUGUGCAAUGUUCCCUUUCUGACUACCCCAAGGCCAACCACCCCGGUAAUCACGACCCCAUCUCCAACAAUACACAGUUGUAACAAGGAUAUCGUGUUCGUGGUGGAUGAAUCAAGCAGUAUUGGCUAUGUGGUGUUCCGAAAAGUGAUCGAGUUUAUUCGAGACCUUGUCCUACGCCUUGACAUUGGAGUCCAUAGCGAUCAGGUGGCGCUUCUCUUGUAUGACAUCAAUCCGCACGUUCAGUGGUACCUUCAUGAUUACACGAACAAGGCCUCCAUGCUGUCCGCACUGAAUUACGUCCCCUACCAUAACGGCACGUCACGUAUGGACCUCGCCCUGAGAUUCGUGCGCCAGAAUGUAACUGUGUUCGCCAAAGGUGAUCGUCCCAGCGCUGACAACGUGAUCAUCCUGCUGACUGACGGACGUGCGACCUAUCACCAAGCGGCUGUACACGAGGCUAGCCUUCUAAAACAAGGAGGAGCGGACGUCAUCGCUGUCGGUGUUCACAACACCCACUAUUCUAUUGACUCCGCUGAGCUGGUCCAGCUCGCCUCUUUCCACGAAGCUGUGAUCCUCAGUAGUCUUACCAACAACGAGGAUGCACUCACAAAGAUGAUAAAGAUGAUCUGCAACUAGAUUGCUCUCCCUUUGAUAUUGUUAUUCACAUUUUAACGAUCAUAAUUCGAAAGAAUAAAGAAAAUUACAUGGCGAGUGGA